UAAGCGCUUGUCAGACGCUUGGCUGCUAGACAACGUGGACUUGAAACAACCUGAUCGGAAGCACAUAUCCUAGUCGGAUACAAGUGUGACUGGUGCACAACGAAAACACGGUCUUAACGCAGUAAGCUCUAGCGUGUUUUUUAUUCACAGUAGCAUUCACAAGUAAGUAAGGCAAGCGGGGACCUUUAAACUGCGUUAUUUAGCUAGCUAGCGUUGACGUUACGUUGUUGCUUGCUGCACUUGGCGUGAUUUGAGAAGUAGUUAGCUUUAGCCUCCACUACUAUUAGCCAGUGGUAGUUUGAACUGUAGCGUAGGUCAGAGAGACGUUAGGGGAAAACUAAUUCAUGACAAUGACUGCAGAGGAGCAGACAAGUGAAGGACAACACGCCAUCCCAAUGGAGGGGGAGGACAUCACAUCGAAGAAAGAUGGGGGUGUUUUCAAGCUGGUGAAAAGAGAAGGCACAGGCACAGAGCUGCCCAUGACCGGCGACAAAGUGUUUGUACAUUAUGUGGGCACGCUUCUGGAUGGCACUCAUUUCGACUCGAGCAGAGACAGGGGAGAGAAGUUUUCCUUCGAGUUGGGCAAAGGUCAAGUAAUAAAGGCAUGGGACAUCGGUGUUGCCACAAUGAAAGUUGGGGAGUUGUGCCAGCUCAUCUGUAAGCCAGAGUAUGCUUAUGGAUCUGCAGGCAGCCCACCCAAAAUACCCCCAAAUGCCACUCUUAUUUUUGAGGUGGAGCUGUUUGAAUUUCGAGGUGAGGACAUAACUGAGGAUGAGGACGGAGGAAUCAUCCGUCGCAUUAUCACUAAAGGACAGGGAUAUUCCAAGCCCAAUGAAGGAGCCGCUGUUGAAGUAACUGUGGAGGGUUCCUGUGAGGGACGUGUAUUUGACGAGAGAGAAUUGAAGUUUGAGGUUGGAGAUGGAGAGAAUCUUGGUUUGCCAGCUGGAGUGGAGAAAUCUAUCAUGGCUAUGGAGCAGGGAGAGGAGGCACUCUUCAAUAUAAAGCCUAAGUAUGGCUUUGGGAAUGCAGGAAAUGCAAAGUACAACAUUCCUGGCGGAGCAACACUACAAUAUAAAAUCAAGCUGAUAGCCUUUGAGAAGGCGAAGGAAUCGUGGGAGAUGAACACUGCCGAGAAGUUGGAACAGAGUGCCAUUGUCAAAGAGAAAGGAACACAGCAUUUUAAGGAGGGAAAAUACAAGCAGGCUUCAGUGCAGUACAAAAGGAUUGUGUCAUGGCUGGAACAUGAAUCUGGAUUGUCAGAGGAGGACGAGAAGAAGGCGAAAGCAUUGCGGCUGGCUGCACAUCUCAACUUGGCCAUGUGCUACCUUAAACUUCAGGAGCCAAGCCAAGCCCUAGAAAGCUGUGACAAGGCUCUGGAGUUGGAUGCAUCCAAUGAGAAGGCGUUGUUCCGAAGGGGAGAGGCGCUGUUUGGUAUGAAGGAGUUCGACAGGGCAAGAGAUGACUUCCAACAAGUUGUUCGACUGUAUCCUGCCAACAAAGCUGCCAAGAGCCAGGUGGGUCUUUGUCAGAAACGCAUCAAGGAGCAGCAUGAGAAGGACAAACGCAUCUAUGCCAACAUGUUCCAGAAAUUUGCAGAGAGGGACUCAAAGAAAGAAGCAGAGAGGGUGAAGAGUGGGAGCAAGGAGAACGGCGAUGAAGAGAUGGACAUUGAGAAUGGAGAAAAGGAAGUUGCCAGCGAAGCAAAGGUUUAGAUGAAGAUGUGACUAUUAUAGUUCAUCUGUUGUUCAGACUUUUGUAACUUCAGCCAUUUGUGUUUAAGGUAUGUGUGUGUAUGUAUGUGUGUGUGUGUGUGUGUGUGAGUGUGAGUGUGAGUGUGACAGAGAGAAAACGAGCAUGUCCACGAGAGCACUGAUUUUGGGCGCGUCUUCUCUGGCUUUCUCUGUGUCUGGGCUUUUUGCUGUGGUUGCUAGCGGAGUGGGUGGGGCUUCCCCAGCUGAUGGCACUGUGGGACGUGGUUUUAAUAAGUAAAUUUUUAGCCACAACCCCCCAAACCCUGAACCCUUUCAACCAACAGCUUUGAACUGUGCACGUGUUCACACAGCAUUUUGGGUAGGAAAGAAAGUGCAUCCAAGUGUUAAGCGCAGGAUUUCAAACCCUCACCCGUCAAGGGCUAGACCAUUCACCUUGCACUACCCCUCUGUCCUAAACCCCUCCCCACGAUUUAUGCUAUCCCUCCAACCCUCCACUCAUGGGCCUACUGAUCAAUUCCUAGAGUUGUGAUGGUUGUGUGCAUAGAUCUGAUACGUGUGAAUGUUAGAGUGCGUUUGUCCCAAAGUACGUAUGUAGCAGCACUGUGGAUAGGUGGAGUAAUAAGACAUUAACCUGGAAUAGCUGUUGGACUUUGAGCUUCUCUCUCAUCUAAAUAUGGAGCUCCCUUAUAGCCCCCAGGGUACAGGACUGUUCACCUUUUCUUUGGAAAUACUGACUUUGUACUUUUCUUUUUUCCAGUGUUGUGCUUGUAAUUUCUGUAUUGUUCUCAAAAUGAAUACAACCAAUUACUUAACUGGAAUAUGUGCAUUUUAAAUCAGCUAGAAAGGACAUUAAUCAUCUUCUCCUGGACACAUUCAAGUAAUAAACAGUUAUGUCUUAGUCUUAAUUUACUGUAAAAAGUACAUGUAUGAACGUGUGCAUAUAUCAGAUUCAAGCUGUUUAAAGACGGUACACCAGAGGAGCCUGUUUGUGCAUUUUAGUCAACAGCACCUGUAAGAGUGGGGCAGAAACUGAACUAGGGGGCUAAUUUAAAUCAGGGCUGUGGGGCCGUGCGUUGAGUCUAUCUUUGUCUGUUGGAAGGGUCACCGCUUUGUCUGCCCUGACAGAAGGAUAUAAUAAACAAUAG